AUGGUUUGCCCCAAUCAAUUUCCAGUUGUUGCACUUGAACCUGAAAUCUUGUUGUUGGUGUCAAUAUAUUUCCAACAUGUCAGUUUUCAGUACGCCAACAACAACACCACCAUCACAACCCCCCGCCAGCAACAGUUAACUGCUAAAGUUCCCUAUUCUGCAGCGGCAGCUUUGUUUAAUUGCGACCGAAUUCGUCAACAUGGCUAUCCCUGUGAAAUACACAAAGUGACAACCAGUGAUGGUUACAUCUUGACACUUUUUCGAAUACCGAACACGAAGUCAGAGAAGCCUAUGCGAUUUCCUGCCCUCCUGAUGCAAUGUUUGUCCUGCACAUCGGAUAUUUAUGUGGUGACUGGGCCGAAUGACGGUUUGGCAUUUUUGCUGGCCAAUGCCGGUUUUGAUGUUUGGCUGGGCAAUUCUCGUGGUAAUAAUUAUUCUCAACAACAUGUAUCUCUGUCACCGUACUCUUUGGAAUAUUGGUCAUUUUCCCUUGACGAGGUGGCGUUAAUUGAUGUACCAACCAAUAUACGAUAUAUACUUAAGGCGACAAAUCGCACAAGACUUCAUUAUUAUGGUUAUUCACUAGGUGCUACGGUUUUUUUGAUGCUGCUUUCCUUAGACCCCAGCUAUACGGAAAUAAUACAAUCUACUCAUCUCUCGGCACCACCGGUUUUUCUGUGUCUCAGGCGGACUAAUUUGGAAAGCAUUCUUUUGCAAUUUAUUGGUGAACCGGGCAAUGCGGCAGUUGAACUAAUUGGUUCAUUUCCCAGUCAGGGUUUAACAUCGUUAUUCCGAUAUCUUGGUCAUCGAUUUUGUCAAGUGAAACAAAAUCACAGAGUGUGUAGGGAAAUUGUGAAUUUCUUUAGUGAAUGGGGUACGGCAUAUCUCAAUACGACUCUACUGGCAGAUCUUUUUCUUAGCAUCCCCGCCGAUAAUUCUCUUCGCCAAUAUAUUCAUUAUUUACAAUUCGCCAAAAAUUGUGAAUUCAAAGCGUAUGAUUUUGGUCGAGAGACCAAUAUUCGGAAAUAUGGUUCGGUGAAACCUCCUUCGUAUGAUUUGAAAGCCAUUCACACCGCGCAACCCAUUGAAGUUUAUUUUUCCGAUAAUGAUAAUAUGGCAUCGUUGGAAAAUGUGAAGAAGUUAUACAGUAUCAUGGGGAGAGUUUGCAAUUGGAAUCGUCUAAAACUCCGCAGAUAUAGCCAUUAUGAUUUUACAUUGGCCACAAAUGUAGGGGAAGUUGUUAAUCGCUGUUUGGUAGCUAAGUUGCAGAAAUACGAAGGUCAUCCAUUAGAUGCGGAAC